AUGAAAGUAUUCAACACAGAUGAAAUAAAUUCUGGUGGUGAGAGAAUUUGGACAAACAUCACCAUUGUUGAGGAAAUGGAACGCAAAGGGCUCGUUCUGGAAGCGAAACCAUACAGUCGCGCUUCGUCCACGCCGCUCAGUCCGAGGAUCGUCGAAAGUUACUACGAAAACGAGUUCAUGGAUGCAAUGCGGUCCUGCCAAGCCCAAGAGGACGACGAGUACUUCAAAAUGGAGGAGUACAGUCGCGACAUCUACUGGUAUUUACGCGAGCUGGAACAAAAAAACCGCGCCAAAACAGAAUACAUGAACAAGCAGCCGGACAUUUCGGCUUCGAUGCGAUCGACUAUGGUGGACUGGCUCGUCGACAUGGCUGAAGAGUAUAACCUGCACACCGAAACUUUGUAUUUGACUGUCAACUAUGUGGACAGGUUCCUGUCGUACAUGUCAGUUGUCAGAUCUAAGUUCCAGCUAGUAGGCACAGCUGCCAUGUUCUUGGCUUCAAAGUACGAAGAAAUUUAUCCGCCAAAAAUAGGCGAGUUCAUUUACACUAAACACCAAAUAAUCCGCAUGCAAUACUUGAUUGUCAAAGUUUUGAAUUUUGACCUCAAUUGCACCACUCCGUUAACUUUUAUCAAUACAAUUUGCACCACAAACAAAUUGGAAGACAAACAAAAAUAUUUUGCAAUGUACUUGUGCGAGUUGUCCAUGUUGGAGGUGGAAGCUUUUUUGGAAUUUCUACCCAGUCAAUUAGCUUGCGCCGCUAUAGUCAUCGGCCGAUUGCACCUGGUCGGACCAAAAUUGGCGUGGUCGGAAGAUUUGCAACAGUACACCGGCUACAAGUUGCAAACCCUAGAAAAUCCUAUCAGGGCAGUGGACACUUCGUUAGUAACAGCCUCCUCUAUGUCAUUCUCUUCCAAGGAAGGCUUUAUGAUGGAAGCAUUGUUACAAGACCAUUGCAGUUUUUACACAGUUGAGAAACAUCGCAUUCCAGCUUUAACGUACCCGCACUGUGAGUUAGCACAGUCUGUUGUGCAGCCACAAGAAAUCUGGCGACAGAAAAAAUAUAAAUCAUUGCCCAGGGGUGCAAAUUGCGAUGCCACCCAAGCAGUGGCACGUAUAUUGGCCAUCUAA